ACACGCAUAAUAUAAAAAAUAACAAAAAUUUAAAUAGCCACCUGAACAUAAAAUGUUGAAGAUUACAUUGCUUCUUGGUGCGUUCGACGUUAUUCGAUGCGAGAUGCAGACAACACGAUUAGAAAGGACUGUAACCGAAACACCAUCUUGUAAUAAUCCGUCCCAGUGUUAUUUACCGGAUACAUACAAGACAGAGCUGAAGAGCAUAUCGUUUCUACCUUAUCUGAAUUCUCCGAAUAUACGCAAACAAUCGAUUCAACGCAGUUAUUAUGGUGGGUUUGGCUCGUCCGCACCGGCUUACUACCACGCUUUUGAUCCCAUCAGCGUAUUAGCGUCAUUGGCGUUCUUAGCAUUUUUGUUGCAAUCAUUUGCCACGCUUUUUGAACGUUCGAGAUCGAUCUUACCGACGGUAAUUAGUGGCAGACAGUCGGCCGUAAACUUGAGAGUUCCAGAGGUUCCAAAACAUGUGUCACAUGCCUUGCGGGAAUACGAAAAUCUCAAUGACGAUUUGAAGAAGUAAUUGAUAAUAACUUUUUGUA